AUGGCGGCGCCCGCACACUCGAGCCGAGGAGAGCCAGGCCGGGAACGGGAUUCGUUCCCUUUGUUCUUCUCCGGAGCCCACGUCCGAGAGGCCCUUUCUGGAGGCACGCCUGGCGCCGACUCUCUGGGCGAGCCCUUCCGCGGCGGGACCGGCCUACGCGCUCCGGAGUCUGGAGGCGCAGGGGGGCAGGCCGGAGACAACCGAGCCGACGCGGAAGGGCGUGCGCUCCGACGCCGGAGGACGGAGGAGACUCCCCGCCUGGAGGCAGGAUGGAGGAGACAGAGACGAGUGGUGAGCCUGUGGGUAGCUCGGUCGGCGGCGGGCUGGCGAGCAGAAGGCCAUUUGUGA